UACGGCUGCCGAUGGAAUGGGCAUCUGCGCAUCUUGCCUUGGCCUUAACAGGCAUCCCUCGCACGACCGCGAGAUCGAUCGGCUCCUGAACUCGGAACAGCCCCGUGCCGCACAUGGCGCAGUCGACCACGGCACCUUCGCACAGCCGGACGAGGAAGAGUUGAGACGAGAGCGAGAAGCCUUGGAGCAUAUCACGGCACAAGCGGCAGACCAUAUGAUCGAUGUACUUCAUCCCUCCCAAUCCGACCUGGAUUAUGGCCUGGUGCUCGGCGGCCAUCGCAGCUACCGCGACGACCCAGUUGAACACUCUGUCGCCUGCCAGGAUCCACAACAUAGCAGAGCAUUGCCAGAGACAGAAGACUCCGAAGAGGCAGCCUGGCUAGAGACUCUGGCUCUGCGUCUUGGUCACGCCCUCCGAUCGAGAAACAACGCUGUGCAAUGUGCGAAUCCAUUCGCACCUCACAGUCCGAGUGUGCCUACGUUCGAUGCGGAGUUACCCAACAACUACGAUGCAAAAAACCCUGCGACUUGGGAUUUUGUCCUGCUUGAUCUCGACUAAGCUCGGAUCAGUAAAGCAGAAAGUGGCGUCCCACUCUUCCGUGCUGCUGGCACUUUCUAAGCCAUUUCCCUCCGAACGUCGCGUUGCAGAUACAUGAAGCGAUAUAGAAAUGACAAGAACACUGAUGACCUCUUCCUUUCU